GAUGCCGCAUUCAGUACGCUUUCUGUGUUCGUGCGAUUCGCACCGAUGGUGGGCGUUCUCAUUCGCUUAGGCACUAGUUCCAUGCGGCCCACGUACGACUCGACUCGUCCGAAAUCGGGACUUAUAAACGCAUAAAAAAGCCAUUCGAUUCAAUUGAAGACGGGCACGCGAUGCAAUAACCAAUAAACAAUUAACAAACUGCGAAUAUUCAUCAAGUGGCGAACACUGCGUAUACGUAAUACGUGUACGCAUAAAUAAUUCCAGUGACAAUUAGUGAUAAAAGUGAGUGCUCGAAUGUGAAAUUGUUCAACAUUGUUUCGGUUCAUUAUUUCUGCCAUUGACAUUGACAUUGUCAUUGACGCCUCUGUCCCGGCCAACAUCUCCCCGGGGGGUGCUGAUUCCGCCCCGCUGCAGUUCCGAAGAACCGCUGCCGCUGGAGGAGAAAGCGGGCUCGGCACUAGAUUGCCAGCGAUAGUAGGAGCUGGGAGCAACUUUGAAGAGCGUGGACUUUUGGCCAAAAUGCUGACGAGUAGAACGAAACUCUAGGAACCGCAGUACAAGGAGACAGAAAAGUUUUCAACGACUGGAAGUUUUCUAAGAGUUUGCGGUUCCCCUCGACGCGCUUGAAUGGAGUUUGACAAUGGCUUGCUGUUGCACAGCCAGCGGGUGGCCGGCAGCGAGCUGAGUGACGAGCGACUCUACUACAUAGCCCCGCAGCAGCCCCUGCUGCGCAACGAGGAGGAUGACUACCCGGACGUCUCCCUCUCACUCACAGACUCUGCCUCGCUUUUGUACAACGCCACAGCCGGCUCUGGCGAGCUGGAUGUGCGCGAUGCAGAGGCUGUCUACAGUUAUGCUUCAACGACCACGCUCAAUGGCCUGGACUUUGAGCACUUCAAUGUCACGGUCCUGAUGAACUUUAGCUGCGAGGAAACGGAGUCCUCGUCGGAUGACGUCUGGUCCAGCGUCUACUUUAAGAGCACCGUCUACCUGCUGUACAUUCCAAUCUUCAUAUUUGCGCUGAUCGGUAACGGCACCGUCUGCUAUAUCGUCCAGUCCACGCCGCGCAUGCGCACCGUCACCAAUUACUUUAUCGCCAACCUGGCGCUCGGCGACAUCCUGAUGUCUUUAUUCUGCGUGCCCUCCUCCUUCAUCUCGCUGUUCAUCCUCAACUACUGGCCCUUUGGCAUAGUGCUCUGUCACUUUGUCAACUACUCGCAGGCGGUGUCUGUGCUAGUCAGCGCCUACACUUUGGUGGCCAUCAGCAUUGAUCGAUAUAUAGCCAUUAUGUGGCCUCUCAGGCCUCGCAUCACAAAGCGUUAUGCUAAAUUUAUCAUCGGCGGGGUUUGGUUUAUUGCACUUGCCACCGCGUUUCCCAUACCUGUCGUCUCCCGCCUCGUCAUGCCCACAUCGGCGUGGCACGAGAAAUGCGAGAAAUACAUCUGCCGCGAGAUGUGGCCGUCCAGCGCUCAGGAGUACUACUACACACUGGCCCUCUUCACGCUGCAGUUCGUCGUGCCGCUGCUGGUGCUCAUUUUCACCUACACGCGCAUCGCCAUCGCCGUCUGGGGCAAGCGACCGCCUGGGGAGGCGGAGAACUCCCGGGACCAGCGCAUGGCGCGCUCCAAGCGCAAGAUGAUUAAGAUGAUGCUGACGGUUGUGAUUGUGUUUACCAUCUGCUGGCUGCCAUUCAACAUUCUGCAGCUCCUGCUCAACGACGAGGAGUUUGGGAAAUGGAAGCCCCUACCUUAUGUGUGGUUAGCCUUCCACUGGCUGGCCAUGUCGCACAGCUGCUACAAUCCCAUCAUCUACUGCUAUAUGAAUGCCCGAUUCCGGGGUGGCUUCCUCCAGAUCAUGUAUCGCGUGCCCGGCCUGCGUCGCUGCUGCUGUCUGCAUCGGUAUCUGCGCAGCCGCGGCGAACGCAGCUACGAAGCAACCGGUGAGAUGACCUUCAAGUACCAUCGCCGAAACGGUGAUGGUCUAGUCAGGAAACCUAAAAUACGAAUUAGGAACCGAAGAGGCCUUCCAUCUGCAUCGUGUGAACACCUGCACCACAUACAUCAGCACAAGGCGAAAGUUACGAGCGAAUUCUAUGCAAGCGAGCCAAUUUUCAUGUGCAGAGACCACAGUUUUGCGGUAGCUGCCCCACCAGAGGAGGCACUGCCUCUGGCAGGGAGACUGCCGGCUUCAGGAGAGUUUCAUGUGAGCGGAGGGAACGGGAACUGCACGGAGUUCUAAAUGGAAGACGGAAGAUGACAGAUGUAUGCAACCAAAGAACCGAAUCUCCCACAGACACCUUGUCUGUCUGUAUGUACGAGUAUCUGUGUGUGAAUGUGAAUGUUUUAAGUGUACUAUUGUAAAUGUCGAAUCGUUGUAAAUUUAAUGAAUGUAUAUUAAAGAUAAUCAAUUAAAACG